AUGUCUUCAAGAAGGGACCAUGGCUCCGGCACGCCGUCGAAUGCUUCGAACCGCCAGAACGAGUAUUUCAUUCCCCGUGAUGGUAUAGAUCGUGAGGUGAUCACCGCCGACAUUUGUCGCUACCUCGGCAACGACGCACUCGUUCGGCCCGGCACCUACGAAGACAAGAAGACCGGCCGAGUAAUACAAGGUUACUUUGUCACGGCCUACAGGAACUUGACAUCUGCCAUGAUCGCCGACCUCAAAGCCGACUCGGCUCGAUGGGAUCAGGAGAGGCGGAAUCAUUCUGGAGCGAGAUACAGCGAUUCACAGCAUCGUUUCAGUGGUGCAGGUCUCUCCCAGUAUGAUACCUCCGGCACGAUUUAUCCAAGUGGCCCAAGCCGUGAUUCUUAUGAAAGCGUGCCUAGAUACCCAGGUAGCGACGCCCCGGGAUACAGCGCCAGCACCGGAUCUCAACCUUACCACCAGGACAACAGGCAAUCGGGAUAUGGUGCAUACCAGCCGUCCGCGUACCCUUCUCAGCAAUCGCCCUACGCUGGUGCGCAGUAUCAAACCCAACCCCCCACAAAUCCCGUGUCGGACUCUCCCUACUAUUCAGCUGCCAACAUGCUCGUGGCUGCGCCUCCGUCGCAGCAGCACCAUCGUUCCCAGGAUCCUUACCAGGACAGCAGGAUAGCACCUCCCAGUAGUAGAGACCCCUACUCUAACCCGGCUCCUGUCUACGGAAGUCAAGGUGUUCAAGGUCAAAUCCCGUCAUCAUACUACCAGAGUGCAUACCCUCCGCAACAACCCGGAGAUGCCUUUGCUGGCCGCCAGCCGUAUGGAUCUAGUACCAGCCCAUCCGACUACCCGCCGUCCUCCACCAGCCAAGUCCCAAUGUACGAGCGCCAGUAUGAGCCCCAGCCCCAGUACGAGAAUCAGACUCCCCCUCCUUCCCGCCCAGUUGCGUCUUCCAGUUCACAAGCUCAAACGGGACAUAGUGGAAGUUCACAUGCACGCCGCAGCGACCGCGAACGGGACCGCGACGACAGACCUCGUCGCCGAUAG